AUGGCUGACGAAGAGACCAAAUCAAACAAAAGGACCCACGAGGACUUUGCUGGGCAAGAUGACGACAGCUCAUCGGACGAUGAUAUGGGCCCUCAGCUGCCCACCGAGGCCCCGAAGAAGAAACGCCGAGUCUUGCCCUACGAAAAACUCUAUAUUGCCGCACUACCCAAGUCACCCCGGUACUCAAAGUCCUUGAUGCAUAAGGAGCAAUUGUCGUUCGUGACAGUCACGCCAUUGACGGACUUCAUCAUAACUUCUUCGGUCGACGGGGUUGUCAAAUUUUGGAAAAAGGUGGCUCAAGGCAUUGAGUUCGUGAAGGAGUUCAAAGCCCACAAUGGCGAGAUCAAGUCAGUCUCAGUCAGCCAGGACGGAAGGAGUUUUGCGACCGCAGGGGCGGAUGAGACUAUCAAGUUCUUCGAUGUCAUCACUUUUGACCUGUUGGCUAUGAUGAAGCUUAAGUUCGCACCUCGUUGUAUCUGCUGGAUACACAACAGGGGAGCGUCGCUUCCUUUGCUCGCAGUAUCAGAGGACGCCAACUCCAGUAUCCACAUCUUUGAUGGAAGGGGAGAAAGACAGGAUCCCAUUCACACUAUCAAGUCAUUGCACAGAAGUCCAGUGACUAUUAUGGCAUUCAACACCGCCUAUGAUUGUGUAAUAUCCGCCGAUGACAAAGGCAUGCUGGAGUACUGGCGGCCAAGCGGAGACUAUGAAAAGCCGGACAAUGUCUUCGAGUUCAAAGCCUCUACUAAUCUGUUCGAAUUCAAGAAGGCGAAAUCAGUUCCAACUUCGAUCACAAUCUCACCCACUGGGAAGCAGUUUGUGACUUUCUCACAGCCAGACAGGAAGAUACGUGUCUUUGAUUUUGCAUCAGGUAAACUGUACAGGACCUACGAUGAAUCACUGCAGGUGAUUGAGGAGAUGCAGCAAGCAGGAUCCUCACUUCAAAAGCUAGACCCCCUCGAGUUUGGUCGCCGCUUUGCGGUCGAGCGGGAGAUCGACUCGCCGGCAUACAAACAUAAAGCUAACGUCAUUUUCGAUGAGUCUGGCAACUUCAUCCUCUAUGGUUCCAUCGUUGGUGUUAAGGUACUCAACACGUACACCAACCAAGUAGUCAAGGUGUACGGCAAAGAUGAGAAUUUUAGAGCCGUCAACCUGGCCAUAUAUCAGGGUCAGCCGCAGAAGAAGGGCAUUACUACGGUGGAGAUGGGUGCUUCUAGCAACCCCCUACUCCAGGAAUCGGAAUCGAGGGAUCCAAUAUUGAUUGCAACGGCAGUGAACAAAGUGCGUUUUUAUAUGUUUACUAACGAGGAGGAAAUUUCGAAGUCGGUCAGAGAUGUGCAGAACGAGAAGCCGACUAUACUCGGCCAGAAGAAGGCUGCAGAGGCCAAGAAAACAGAGACUGGAACCGCAGCAGUCAUCCACACAACGUACGGCGACAUCCACAUACGCCUCUUCCCUGAUGCGGCACCCAAAGCCGUUGAGAACUUCGUGACUCAUUCCAAAAAGGGCUACUACAACAACACGAUCUUCCAUCGUGUUAUUCGAAAGUUCAUGAUACAGUGCGGAGACCCCCUGGGCGAUGGUACUGGUGGCGAGAGCAUUUGGGGCAAGGAGUUCGAAGAUGAAUUCAGCAGCUUGAAGCACGACAAGCCGUACACUGUCAGCAUGGCUAAUGCAGGCCCAAACACCAAUGGCAGUCAGUUCUUUAUCACCACAGAAAAGACGCCUUGGCUGGAUGGGAAACAUACAAUCUUCGGACGUGCCACGCAAGGACUGGAUGUUAUCCAUAAGAUUGAGAACGUCCGAACAUUCAAGGAAAAGCCUGAGGAAGAUAUUAAGAUACUAAACAUUGACAUUGUAUAG